AUUUUAUAUCGCGGAGUCAGAUGACCUUAAAAAUCAGGAUCUAAGACACGUUGACAAAAUUUCUCAUAUUUAUUAUCAUCAGUAUAUAUUUAUAUAUAUAUUUAUAUUUAUAUCGUCAACUGAUUGUUUGAUAAGAAUAUUUAUGAAUAAAUUAUCUAGUAAUUGAGAUUUUAUUUUAUUUACAUAUUUAAUUUAAUGUCAAGAUGACGGAGUGAAGGUCGAGAUAAAUUUAAAUAAAUUUUCAAAUUAGUUGAUCUAAUUAAUUAUUGAAGAUGAGGAUGAUGCAUUUGAGAAGAAAUGCCCGACUUAUUACCUGUGUUCUGGUCGCACUGAUGAUGCUGUAUGCUAUUUAUUCAGUGAUGAAUGAUGACUUUGGUAAAAGUAUUAACGUACCAGUAUUAGUAGAAGGACCCGGUAAUUUUGAACCCCAGAACACGAAAAUCCUCAGCGGUCCUGGAGAAGGGGGUAAAGCGCACGUGCUACGAGAUGAUCAGCAGAAUGACGUACAGCAAGCGGAGUCCGAUUACGGUAUGAACAUGGUGUGUUCUGAUGAGAUAUCUCUGGAUCGUUCUAUCCCUGACUUGAGACCCGAAGAAUGUAAGCACUGGGAUUACCCUAAAAAACUUCCAACAACGAGUGUGAUUAUUGUCUUCCAUAACGAGGGAUGGUCAGUGCUGAUGCGCACAGUGCACAGCGUUUUAAACCGGACUCCGCCUCAAUUCCUCGAGGAAAUUCUCCUCGUGGACGAUUACUCGGACAAGGAAAACUUGAAAGCCGAGUUGGAGGCUUACAUUGAUCAGUGGAAUGGUAAAGUUCGUUUGCUGCGCAAUGAAGAGCGUCAGGGACUGAUACGCACGAGAUCACGUGGUGCGCGGGAAGCCCGCGGUGAAGUUAUCGUGUUCCUAGAUGCUCAUUGCGAAGUAAACGUCAACUGGCUCCCGCCUCUGUUGGCGCCCAUCGCCGCAGACUGGAGCGUGAUGACGGUGCCCAUAAUCGACGGCAUUGACCACAAGACAUUUGAGUACCGGUCCGUUUACCAGGAAGGUCAUUUGUACAGAGGUAUCUUUGAAUGGGGAAUGCUGUACAAAGAAAAUGAAUUACCUAGACGCGAAUCAAAGCGCAGAGACUAUGCGAGCAUGCCCUACAGAUCUCCGACUCACGCAGGCGGACUUUUUGCUAUCAAUCGUAAAUACUUUUUGUCCCUUGGUGGCUACGACGAGGGACUUCUGGUCUGGGGUGGAGAGAAUUUUGAAUUGUCUUUUAAAAUAUGGCAAUGCGGUGGCAGCAUUCUCUGGGUACCUUGCUCUCAUGUCGGUCACGUUUACCGCGGGUUCAUGCCCUACACAUUCGGAAAAUUAGCUGAUAAAAAGAAGGGGCCUUUGAUCACAAUAAACUACAAGCGAGUUAUUGAAACCUGGUUCGAUGAAAAGCACAAAGAAUUUUUCUACACCCGCGAACCACUCGCCAGACUUCUAGACCAUGGAGACAUCACGGAACAGUUAAAAUUUAAAGAGAGAAAGAAGUGCAAGAACUUCCAGUGGUACAUGGACAACAUCGCCUAUGAUGUUCUAGAUAAAUUCCCCGAACUGCCGCCUAAUAUUCACUGGGGUGAGCUGAGAAGUGUCGCGACUUCCGCUUGUCUGGACACUAUGGGCCACAGCCCGCCGAGUCUCAUGGCGACUUCCCACUGCCACGGGUUCGGAAAUAACCAACUGGUCAGACUUAAUGCUCAAGGACAAAUGGGCAUCGGCGAGCGGUGCGUCGAAGCUGAUAACCAGGGAAUCAAGUUGUCAUUCUGCAGACUGGGGACCGUCGACGGCCCCUGGCAGUAUGACGAGAAGACCAAGACUCUAUUGCACAAAGUUCACAAAAAAUGUAUCGCUUUGCAUCCCCAGACUAAUCAUCUUUCUCUGAUGCCUUGCGAAGCUGACAAUAAUUAUAACCAAUGGACAUUCCAUCAAAUUCACCCGCGCUGGUGAUUUAUUUAAAACAAUUUUUAUUGUUAUCCAGCCGUACAAUCAGUACUUAAGACGUUAUUUUGUUACACUAGUCCAUAUGAUGUUUAUAUUUUUAAUUUAAAAUUAAUAUUAUGUCGGUUGUGUUAUAUAUAACGCUUUUAAAAUAUGAUAAUAAUCCACUGUAAAAAAUUGUUAGUGAAUUCAGAGCGAAUAUGGAUUUUAUUGGAAUCUAAAUUCACUCCGGCACUCAAAGUUCCGGAGUGAAUAAAAAAUUUCCCGCUUUGAAUUCACUCAGGAUUUAAUCCGUAUAUUUUUACAGUUUAAUAAUAAUAAUAAUUCACUGUAAAAAAUUGCUAGUGAAUUCAAAGCGGAUAUGGAUUUUAUUUAAACCCUAAUUUACUCCGGCACUCAAAGUUCCGGAGUAAAAAAAAUUACUCCGCAUACGGAAUUUUUUUUUCAGCAGAGUAAUUUCGGAGUGGUGUAGAUUUUAUUUUAAUUCGCAUCCACUCCGACCUGGAGUUUCAAUUUCACUCCAAGGGGAGUAAAAUAAAAAAAUUUUCUCUUUGAAUUCACUCCGGAUUUAAUCCGCAUAUUUUUUACAGUCUAAUAAUAUUAAUAAUAAUAAUAAUAAUAAUAAUCCACUGUAAAAAACUGCUAGUGAAUUCAAAGCGAAUAUGGAUUUUAUUUAAACCCGAAUUCACUCCGGCACUCAAAGUUCCGGAGUAAAAAAAAUUUCUCCGCAUACGGAAUUUUUUUUUCAGCGGAGUGAUUUCGGAGUGGUGUAGAUUUUAUUUCAAUCCGCAUCCACUCCGACCUGGAGUUUAAUUUCACUCCAAGCGGAUUAAAUAAAAAAAAGAAUUUUCUCUUUGAAUUUACUCCGGAUUUAAUCCGCAUAUUUUUUUCAGUCUAAGAAUAUUAAUAAUAAUAAUCCACUGUAAAAAAUUGGUAGUGAAUUCAAAGCGGAUAUGGAUUUUAUUUAAACCCGAGUUCACUCCGGCACUCAAAGUUCCGGAGUAAAAACAAAAUUACUCCGCAUACGGAAUUUUUUUUUCAGCGGAGUAAUUUCGGAGUGAUGUAGAUUUAGCUUUAAUCUACAUCCACUCCGACCUGGAGUUUAAUUUCACUCCAAGAGGAUUAAAUAAAAAAAUUUUCUCUUUGAAUUCACUCCGGAUUUAAUCCGCAUAUUUUUUACAGUCUAAGAAUAUUAAUAAUAAUAAUGAGAUUAAUGGACUAGUGUCGCAAAAUAUAUCUCAUGUAAGAAUAAAAAACGCACAUUAAUUAUAAAUUUUUUUAAAUUCCAUACUAAAGACUGUCUAUCAAUAAACUCAAAUUACUCCUUCCCUUCGCAUUUUUAAAAUAAUUUUGUAUACGAAGUUAAGGCGUUUUUACCCUCCCCACACUUUUAAAAAAAAAUCUUAUGACCCAAACUGUCAUAAAAGUUUUAAUAAAAAAUUUGACAUUACUUUUAAUUAAUUAAUUAAUUAAAUUUUACGACGAUUAACAGUUCGAGGUCAUCAGAUUUAUUUUAAAAACUUGGAAGGGGAGCGUUUGAGAAUGUCCUUAAAAAGUGAACUCAUACAAUAAUAUUAUAAAUGUAAUGUAAGAUAAUUUAAAAAAUUAAAGCUGUUGUAAAAUUAUUUUUAAUAAAUUUAUUGGAACGAUUGUUAAAUGUACUGACUGAUAUUU